AUGGUCUGAGAAACCGUCAAGCAUUACUUUAAUACAGCAACAUGUUCAGAGACCUACUAAGGCGGUAUGUUCUGACCGGAAUGAAGUCGCCAAAGCCAUGAAUCCUGCAAAGUGGGGAAUAUGUGCUGUGGGAACAGUUCUUUCCCUUAUUAUAGUUCAGAUCAAAUGUGAUGUGAUAGUUGAAACGGCAGAAACACGUCGUCCUUUCAGAAUAUACGAGGAUCAAGCAGCCAGGUUCGGUGACUCUUUGCCUGCAGAUGGGUUAGUAGGCGUGGCUGUCGUUGCAGAACCCUCCCAUGGGUGUGGACCAAUUAAACCACCCCCUGACACCAAGCUACCCCAUAAUGUAUUCUGGAUUGUUAUGAUAAAGAGAAGCAUUCCAGGGACUGGGAACAGUACAGAGUGCACAUUUCAGGAAAAGGUUGAGAAUGCCCAGGCAGCUCACUACUCUGGAGUUAUUGUGUACAAUUAUAAAAAUGAUGAGCUCAUCCCUAUGGGCGGAGACGCAGAGGUGUUAAUUCCUUCAGUAUUCAUUGGUAGAUCAGACGCAGAGAAGAUUAUCAAACAGUUCUCAUUUCCUAAUUUGGACUUUGUUCUUAAACUCACGGAGAACGCGCCUUUUGAUAUUAAUACAUACCUUCUUCCCUUUGCUAUAGUAGUUGGGAUAUGCUUUAUAAUUAUGUUGGGAAUUAUGGUGUUUAAGUGUAUACAAGACAGGAGGCGGGAGCGCAGGCACAGACUUCCUAAAUCAUCGCUUAAGAAAAUUCCGACCAAGAAAUUUCAAGCUGGAGACGAGGUUCGGUAUGAAACCUGCUGCAUCUGCUUGGAUGAUUAUGUUCUGGGGGAUAAAUUAAGGAUCCUUCCCUGUGACCACGCCUACCACAUUAAGUGCAUAGAUCCUUGGCUUCUUAAAAACAAACGAGUUUGUCCACAGUGUAGGAAGAAGGUGUUUGCAAAUGGUGAAGUUCCCCCCAGUGACUCUGAGUCUGAGACAGAAGACGAGCGCGCUCCACUGCUUGCACGUCCUCGUGUAACACAGAGCGGGACUUUUUCUACACAAAAUGAGAAUCCGUUCCGUCGAGCAGCUCGGAGACUGGCAAGAGCUGGAGGCCCUUCACCCCAGAGUUCUCGAGGUGAGUCCCCAGCUGGAGGAAGCUCUGAUUCGAGUAGCACUGAAGGAGGAGAGUCUGGUAGGAACCAACAUAUUGCAGAGGUUUAUGUUGAGGAGCACCCUAGGGAUAUAGUUCAUGUUUUCCAUCAACACCAGUUAGUCCGCGUAGAAGACCAAGCUGACGGACCUGUCGAUGAAUCUGUAGAAAACGAUGACGGUGUUGAUGAUGAAGAUAGCAAUGAUGAAUACCAUCCUUCAGAUCCGGUUGUUUAGAUUUUAAAGUUGCUCUGGACCAUAACAUGUGUAAUGUGAAUAGUACAUGGAUGCAAACUUCUCGCGUAUUUCAGCAGAGAUAAUCUUUAUUAAUGAUAAAGUGUUGCCUACGAAUCAGGCAAGCUACUGGGGACUAACCUAAAGCUUUUCUUCUGAAAUUUUCUUUAUAAUAAUUCAAGUUGUCGUUAUAACAGAGACUUAAAUCAACUUAUGAAUAUUUCUGUUUUGUACCGGUUUCAUCUAGCAACAUAAUUUCCGGUUUUCUUUUAAUGAAAAAUGACCUUAUUAUUAUUCUCUUAGCUGUUUAAAUCAUUUAAAUCUAUAAUAAUAAAACUGUUGCAAGGCAUUAUUUCAACAAAUAGAUUUCUUUUGUGAAUUUUUAAAAAUUUUGUUCUCAUAGAUAUAUAUAUAUUAUAUUAUAUAUUAAUCCUAUUCAUCCCGUUAGUCGGAAAUUUUCUUUUUUAACUGUUUUGUUUGUUUUCCAACUAAAAUGAACUAAAAAUGUAUAAAGUGAAUAAAUAAAUGCUUGUAUAUUUAGUAUAUAAUAGUUUACAUGUUUAUGUAGAAAUUUUUGAGUAUCGUAAUUCGUGUUAAUUUUUUCGUUAAUUUUUGUUUUAUAAAAAGAAUUGUUCUUUACAAGUUAAGAAGAAAUUGACCUCAA